UUUUUCUUUCUCUCUGGUGGAGCUUAAGCUUAACUAUAUCUCUCUCUCUCUUUUCCAUCCAAUUGUAACCCCCUGAUUCUUAAUUGUUGGACAAUUAAAUUAAUUUUAAUCGUUUAAUUACCAAUUCUGUGUACAGAUAAAUGAUCUAUACAUGGUAUUGUUCAAAUGACCGCGUCAUCAACUUAAUCAGUUCUUAUACUGAAAGUUGUACAUAAUCUUUUUCCCCUCUAUUGGCUGUUCCAUCUCAUUAUGAAACCUGGUUCAAAUCUUAAAUUACCUGAGAAAAUGAUUGAUGUUACAGAGGGUUGUUUAGUCCCUGUUAGGAUGAAAUUCACCAAUGAAUGGCACAUGGGUGAAGUGAUUAGUAUUAAAUCUGGUGAAAUUGGUGAAAAUCUUUAUUAUGUGCAUUUUAUUGAUUUUAAUAAGCGUCUAGAUGAAUGGGUAACCAAAGAUCGUAUGAAUUUGGAGAAAAUUCAUUUACCAACAAGGGAAGAAGCUGCUUUAAAAUUACAAGAGAUGCCAAUAUCACCAGAGAAUAGAAUACCUUCCGUAGAAGUAGAGGAAAUUCAACGAAUAACUAAUAAUAAUAAUAACAACAGUAACAACAUCAACAACAUAAACAACAAUACCAACAUCAGCAUUAACAUAAAUAUCAACAGUAACAACAAUUCAAAUUCCAAUUCUACCAUCAAUAGUAACAAUAAUUCUAGUAACAAUAAUAAUAGUAAUAGUAAUAGUAUAGUUUGUCCACCAAUUAGUCCUGUAAAUAAGUAUGUUCUCGGACCCAAGAAAGGACGUGGUCGAAAACGUAAACUUCCAUCUUUCACCUCACAACCAGAAAAUUCUCAAGACCAUUCACCUAAUCUUUGGGCUGGUGGAAGUGGUGCAGUUGUUGCCCCACGAACAAAUGGAUCCCUAUCAUCUCAUAAUCCUGAUGACAUUCUCACUCGAAUUCGUAAUAUUGAUUUGAUUGAGAUUGGUCAACAUCGAAUUAAACCUUGGUACUUUUCACCUUAUCCUCAACGUUUAACAUCAUUACCAUGUAUUUAUUUGUGUGAAUAUUGUUUAAAAUAUGUAAAAUCAAGAACCUGCUUGAUUAGGCAUUUUACUAAGUGUAAACUUCGUCAUCCUCCCGGAAAUGAGAUCUACCGUAAAGGAACAAUUUCAUUCUUUGAGAUUGAUGGAAGAAGUAAUAGGAUAUACGCUCAAAAUUUGUGUCUACUUGCCAAAUGUUUUUUAGAUCAUAAAACUUUGUACUACGAUACGGAUCCCUUUCUUUUCUACAUAAUGACCGAAACCGAUGAUCGUGGUUGUCACAUAGUAGGAUAUUUCUCAAAGGAAAAGGUUUCAUCCGAGGAUUAUAAUGUUGCGUGUAUUUUGACGUUACCACCUUAUCAAAGGAAAGGUUAUGGUAAAAUAAUGAUCGAAUUUAGUUACGAGUUGUCCCGAUUCGAAGGUAAAACUGGAAGCCCUGAAAAACCGCUCAGUGAUCUUGGUUUACUUUCAUACCGAAGUUAUUGGGCUGAAACAAUAUUGGAAUUAAUUAUUAGCCUGAAAACACCGGAAGGAGCAGUUCGACCUCAAAUUAGCAUAAAUGAAAUCUCCGAGAUGACAAGUAUUAAAAAGGAAGAUGUGAUAUCAACCCUUCAAUUUCUUAAUAUGAUUAACUAUUAUAAAGGAGAAUAUAUAAUUACAUUGAGUAAAGAAGUCAUUGCCAGUUUUGAGCGAAUUUCUAUGAAACGCCGUUUGAGAAUUGAUCCUCAAGGUCUAAAUUGGACACCUAGAGAUUGGACGAAAAGAGGAAAAUGGUGAUUUUUUUUGUGUAUAUAAUUUUAACGCUGGUUAAAUGGUCAAAUUAAUUUGGACACUUAAAUUAAUAUGGAUUCAGGUUCGAGGAGGUGAUCAAGCGACAAGAGCAACUUCGUCAACUCCAUAUGAAUGUAACUCUCUCGCUGCCGAAAAGAAGAAACAAAAUCUUGGACUUUUUAAAUUCUAUCCUAUGGAUUUCUCUGUUGAAAUAUUAAUAACUUAUAAUCUCUCUCUCUCUCUCUCUCUCUCUCUUUUCUCCCAAUCCAUGUCCCUUUAAUCAUCAGAGAGUCUUAGAAUUUUCUUCUUUUCCCUUCCUCUCUAUUUCUCUUCUUCAUCGAUGAAGAUGAUAUUCUCUAUCUCUAUCCCUUUCCAUUUCUCUCUAUCUCUCUUUCUUUCUUUUUUUCUCUGUAAUUUUUUUCUCUCUUUCCCUCUCUAUCUAUCUCUUAAUCAUACCAUAUGAACAAUCGAAAUCAUGUUUCUGUGUGAUGAUAAUUGAAGAAAAAAAGAAAAGAAAACACACCAUGUACAAAGCAACAAAACACUCACAUUUUCAACUUUACUUUUCUUCUUCAAUAGAUUUUAUCAUAAUCUUAAAACAAUUAUCAGAAAAAAUUUAAAUCUAAAUCAAUCAAUCAAUAUCACAACAAGAUAGUAAAAUUUAAUUGAAGAAAAUUAUUUAUAUCAAAUGAACUGAAAAGAAAAAUAUA